GAGCAGCCCGGAGCGCCGCGCACUGCUCUUGGGUGCGCUCAGAGCGGCCCCCGCGAGCGCUGCCCUCGGUGCCCGCGGCAGCCGCCUGCGGCUCCUACUCCUUCCCAGGUCCCCAGCCUCGCUCCUUUCCUGCCCUCUUCCCUGCUCCGCAGUCUCCGUACCCCGCGGUGCGGGCUCUGGCCUGCACGUGAGAAGCGGCGCGCUCCGCUGAAAGGCGAGCUCUGCUCGCAGCCGGGCUCCGGACAGCGCAGCGGCACCGCUCGGAGCUCGCUCUUCCCCGCAGGAUGAAGAACCCGGUGCUGGAGGCGGUGUCCUUACUGCUAGAGAAGCUGCUCUUCUCCAAUUUAAAGCUUUUCAGUCCGGGCGCUCCGGGCGAAGACGAAGGAAGCAAGCGAUUCUAUGAGGUCAAUUCUUUCCUCCGCGGAGACGUGCUGGAGGUGCCCCGGACCCACCUGACCCACUAUGGCAUCUACCUGGGCAACAACCGCGUCGCCCACCUAAUGCCUGACAUUCUGCUGGCCCUGACCACAGACGAGAAGCGCACCCGGAAAGUGGUCUCCAACAAGCGUCUCCUCUUAGGCGUCAUCGUCAAGGUGGCCAGCAUCCGCGUGGACACGGUGGAGGAUUUUGCCUACGGAGCCGACGUCCUGGUGAACCACCUGGACCAGUCCCUGCAAAAGAAGGCGCUCCUCAAUGAGGAGGUGGCGCGGAGGGCGGAGGAGCGGCUGGGCUUGUGCCCCUACAGCCUGCUGUGGAACAAUUGUGAGCACUUCGUGACCUACUGCAGAUACGGCACUGCAGUCAGCCCCCAGGCCGACAAGUUUUGUGAAUACGUGAAGAUAAUUAUUCGUGAUCAGAGAAGUGUUCUUGCUUCAGCAGUCUUGGGAUUGGCGUCUAUAGUCUGCAUGGGACUGGCAUCAUACGUUACCUUUCCUGCAAUCCUUAUACCAUUCUGCUUAUGGAUGUCUGGCUAACUUCAUACUCCUGUGUCAAUGUGUAUGCGUUCUGUGCGCAAGUAUGUUUAUAUUUAUAGAGCACAGCUCACUAUAAAUGUGAUUAAGAAAAAUGUGAACUGUGCCACUGUGUUCCGAAUAAAGAUGUGAUUAAGAAUCACAUAAAGUGCUUACCAUGUAAGACCAAGAACAAAAGGUCUCUAAUCUUCUCCCACAGGUCCCUUGUACAACGCUAUUCAGCCCUUGGAAACAGCUUGUGACAGAAUUCAGCAAUACAAGAAAGUCACAUGUGAGAUGAUAGCCAUAGGAGAUUUAUUUGUGUGGGUUUUUUCCUCCUGUGCUCAUUCUUCUGUUAGGCCUACAUUUGAAGUUUGGAAGACUUAUGAAGAUCACUCACUUUAUCAUAAGUUUAUUCUGAUUUAUUGAAGGACUGAUUUAUUACACUGAAAGCACUUUUCUUAUUCGAUGAAAGCAUGUUGAAUUAGCCACAAAAAUCACUAAAACUCAAUUUAUUUUUUCACAUAUCACAUGGACUCCCCAGUAAAUCAAGAAUGUUGUAUUUUCAUUAUGUGAAACCAAUAUUGGCAAAGUUAAGGUUUAAUGAAAAAGUAACUGAUCAGAAAGUAUAGAAAUUUGUGUUUUUCUGUAGCAAUGACUAAUAUUACAUAUCUGGUCACUAUUUAUAUUUGAACAAUAUACUUACAGAGAAGCCCGACAUUUGCUAAUUUUUUCCUUUUAUGUGUCACUAUGGCUAAAACACUCCGAGAAAUAAAUGGAUAUAGGAUUGAAGUACUUUGAGUAUCUGCUGCACAUGGAUGUAUCAAAUAAAUAUGCAGAUAUCUACAUCCACAGAGAUUGAAAGAAAAACUACAUUUGAUCUGCAUUGCUUUAUUAUUCUAAUUCAGUUAUUACAGAGCAUGUGUUGUGAAUAUAAAAACAAAUCCAGUCUGCUUUUUUGUUCUGUUUUGUCUGCAGAUAUGUAUCAUUGCAAGGGUUAUGUUUAAAGUUUUUACUAAUGUCCUGUAUAAUUUCUUAAAGCCCUCAGAUUUGUUUUCUGGUCUGUUUUCUGCAUUUCAUUUUUAAAUAUAGCUUAUGGCUUUAGGAGAAUAGAUACUGCAGUAAUAUAUGGAACCCACGUGAGUAGGACUGAAGGACAUUGCUGUUUUCAGGUGAGUUAGUACUGCCAAGCUUGGAAGUUGAUUUCGCUGAGGCUGUUCAGAUACAAGAGUUGAGAGGCAGCGAUGUGAAAACAAGCCUUCAGAUACUUGUGUAAAAUUACCAAAUCCUAAAAAGUAACCCACAAGCUAGGUGUGCAUUUUGAGCAUUGAAACUAUUUUAGUAACAGAAUCAUGAAACAAUCGCAUGAGUGGUGUGGAGAGGGUGGUGUCCAUCAGCCAGUGAUCCAAUCAGAGCAAAUUUAAAGAACAGAUUUUGGUUUAACUGAGGUUUUAUCACAACAAAUUCGGUUGCAGUGUAAUAGUUAAACUUUGUGUUCAAUUAUUCAGCUUACAUAUUUAUUUAAAUAUUUUAAAUAGCUAAAGCAUUAAAUGGCAAUGCCAAAGAAUAUAGAUGUUCGGUGGGGCUAUUUCAGCCAUCUGAAUUUGUCUGAAGUCGAUACUGGAUUUAUAAAAGCAACCACUUUGAGAAUGAACCAUUGUGCUCUAGAAGGCUGAGGCAGGAGGACUCAAGUUCAAGCCAAUGGUGGGCAAGCUUAGUGAUUUAGCAAGAUCCUGUCUCAAAAAUUAAAAAGAAAGAUUGGGAGCACAGCUCAGUGUGAAGGCCUAGAGUUCAAUCCGUAGUGCUGCGUGUGGGUGUGCACACGUGCAUGGGCUAGCGCAUGUGCACACACACACACACACACACACACACACACACGGAAAGAGAACCAUUCUGUUAGUAGUUUUUCACUUUUCCUUGUAGCAAUUGUUCAAAUAAAUUCAUUUCUUAAAAAUAUAAUGUUCUUACAAAUAA